AUGGUGCCAGCUCUCACAGCAUCCUGCUCGAGAUGCCUCUCUUCCACCUUGAACCUCUCGUCUCUCUCCGCUGCACUUCCCUCAACCUCGUACGGUCGUUUGCACAUGCAAACGCUCUCCACGAUUCAGUCGCAACAGAAAUCGAGCUUCUCGACGUCCUCGAUCCUGUCCGAAUCACGCAAGAAGCGAACCGCGCGUCUCAAGCGCAAAUCGAACCUCGACCAGCGUAUCCUCAAAGUGCGCAUGCUUGAAUCCUCGAAACCGGAUGCUGUUCUAGGCCACCAACCCACUCCUGACGGCCAAAAAGUAUGGACCGAUUCCGAACUAGCACAGAUCAUCCUCGACAAGCAAACGGUUUGGGGUGUUCACGAGGAUCGACGAGGAAACCUUGUUCCCAUCUCGGCUGAUCAGCAAGCUGCGUCGGCGAAAAACACAUUCGAUGCAGUCGCUGCGAAACAAGCUGCUUCCAUGGGAGGUCCUUUGCGUCUCAACUUUGGUCUGGACGGUAGUGAUCGUCAAUUGUUGUUCCAGGAUUUGCCACAGGUCAUGGUCAAGGAUCGAAUCCUCGACUCGUGGAAUUUGGGAACCUUGAUCCGCGGUACUGCCAACCAAGCCGAUGUGGCGGCGUUCGAAUCUGAAUACGCCAAAGUGCAGUCCGAAGAAUGCGCCAGCAAGGAGAGUCUGGCGAGGAUCUUGGAUCUGCGCAACGCAAGUGGCAAGGGGAUCCAGGUGGAAAACAUUCGAAGGAUCCUCGCCCACUUUGGUGGUGAAAAUGAUACGGGUAGCCCUGAAGUGCAAGCUGCUGUGCUGACGUACCGCAUUCGUAACCUGCACGAGCAUCUGCAAACCAAUCGGCACGACAACUCGAACAGAAGGAGCAUGUCCUUGUUGACGCACCAAAGGGCAAAGAUUCUCAAGUACCUCAAAGCCAAGAGCCCGCAAAGGUACCAUGCUAUUUUGCCGAGGAUCGGCAUCCAAGCUAGAGCCGUCGAGGGCGAAAUCGUCGUUCCGGGCAAACCCAAGAUUGCUCGUGCUUGA